UUUGAUGUGGUUGACAAUUCGACUUCUCGCACUUGGUUCUCGUAUCACGUCCCUGGCAUUCUUCUUAUUGCCAAAGUCUCAUUUUAGCUAUAAUUUGAAACCCGUGUUCUCAUUAAUAAAUUUCCUGUGAUAAAUUUGGCAACCGACUGUUAAAAUGCCGAAGAAACUUGGAGAGAAUACAAAGGCCGUGGAGGCCCGUGAGCGUAAACAGGCGGCCAAGAAAGCUGCCCAGGACAAAGCUGCCAAGGAGGCUGAAGAUCGACUAUGGAAGGACGAUGACAAACAAUUGGCGAAAAAGAAAUCCAGGAAAGAGGAAGAGGAGCGAAGAAAGAACGAACAGCUACGCAGAAAGGCUGAAUCGAAAGCCUUAUUGGAGCAGGAGAUGGCUUCAAUAAAAACCAACGCCAAACAACCAAUUCACAAAGUCACCCGCCAGCAAAUCCAACAGGAAGUUGAGCAACGAAACAAGAACAUUGAGGUAAUCAAUGCUCCCAAGGUGGCUCCUAAAGUUACCGUUCAAGAUCCUCUCGAGGAGAAUCUGAAUCGGGUGAUGGCGGACACUGUGAUUGCGACCAAUGUGGACGAAGCUAUUGCGGCUUUGAGUGUUUCUGACACCAGCGAUGAUAAACAUCCUGAGAAGCGCAUGCGAGCCGCAUUCAAAGCUUUCGAGGCCGAGAACCUGCCACGCAUCAAGGCGGAGAAUCCUACACUUCGACUGUCCCAGUGGAAGCAGAUCCUUAUGAAAGAGUGGAACAAAUCGCCGGACAAUCCAAUGAACAAUCGUGUUUGAGACUGAUAUGGGAAGUAGCAGCGCAGAAUACGUUAAAACGUGUGACCAGCUUGAACCUUCCGAGUGUACUCAGAACUUACAAAUGUGGGAUGGCGUGAGCUCUUGUUUUGAAAUUUUUCUUUCAAUGUGAUUCUAAUGCAUAGUAGUUUCGUUAAUUCUUUUGAUUUCUUACGUGACAAAGUCAAUUUACCAGUAAAUAAAAAAAACAAAAAUAGGGAUUCCAUCCCCAUGUAUACACAUUAAAUUAUUUAACAAGAA